UAGCCAGUACAUGGUCGGAGGCCCCAGCAGGAAGGCCCAUUCCUUUUCGUUUUUCAAGUCGCGGAAAGCAAAAGUAAAAAUCUCUUCUACCUUCUCUUUUUUACUUCGCAACUAAUACUUCCAAUAUUCUAACGUGUUACCAAACUUCGCUUCGACUCGGAAUAUUUAUUCUAUAUUUGUGAUGAUUAUUGUUUGUUAACCGAGGACUUGGUUGUGUGUUUAUUUUACACGGUGCAGGAGAUCUUUUUUACCUUCCAGUUGGACCUAUCAAAUAAAGAACCCGCCAUCAUUUGACCAUGGAUAGAUCAAUAUUCAACAAAAACCUUCUGUUGUCACCGACCGUAUACACAACAUGCUUCUGAGCAAAACAGACCAUUUAUUUUAAGAUAAAGUUCACAAUAACCGCCAUUCAUUCCCUAUUUUCACAACAAAUAAUUGAGUCAUUGAAACUGAAGAAAAGUUAAUCAAGCUGAAAUGACAUACAAAAAGAUAUUUUCGUUGUGAUCGUAGGUCUUAUCCUUCAGGGAAAUCGGUAGAGAAUCAAUUCAUCUAAGUACUAAUGAGAUGGCAAUUGCAAUAUUCCUUAAUAGAUGAUUACAUCAUUUUCCAUAUUAAUCAAUAAUAGAAAUAACUUCCCCCAAUUCCAUUUGAGAGAAUUAUUGUAAAUUGAAAUCAAAUAAGUAGCGUGUAAGACCCUAUAAGGUUCAUUAUUCUCUCUGAAAUCUUCAGAGCAACCAAGUGUGUAAAUUAAUGCUUCUCUAAAUAUUUUCUUUGCAAACAAUACUCAUAUAAAUCUGAAUAGAUUACCUAUGCUGUGAUAAUCUUCGUGAUUGCAUGUUUAUCGUGACAGCUAUAGCUAGUCGUCAAGCAAAAAGGAAAAGAUGGUCGGCGCAUAUUCAAAAUGCUUUGCACCAGUAUUUCUGUUAGUGUUUGGGAGCUGUUAUGUUAUGGCUAGUGAUAUUCACAAACACAUGACUAAAGACGACUUGAGAAGAGUCUUCCACGUUGAUAAUCACGAAGAUGUUCCUGUGUAUGAGGUUGUAAGAGUACACUCCGUUCAGAAAAGGGACACAGACUCUGUAUCAGAUCGACAUUUAAGGUUGAGGGCUUUCGGGCGAGACCUUGACCUAGCCUUAAAAAGGACACCGUCACUUUUCAAAGACAACUUAAGGGUCUGGACUGCAGACUCCAACUCCACAGGUCACCUCCACUAUGAGGAAUUACCUCAGGAGCCUAUUGGUGAAACAUUCCAAGAUGAAAAUAGCCAAGCAGCUAUUCUUUUACACAGAGAUGUGCAUGACGGUUCCCUACUAUUGGAGGGUACGAUCGGUCACGACCUGAUCGUGAAGCCGGUUCCGACCGGCGUCAGACAACAUCUGGAUGAUAAGCAUUCCGAUGACGACGACGACCUCAUCGAGAGAGAAAAAGAGGACUACAUAGACGACCAACUAUUUCUGGAUGAUGAGACGGCCGCAGGAGAGGCGUUCGUCUCUCCGGAUGGAUUCCCCAUCAACGGAAAUGCUCCCAACAGAACGUCGUUCUUUGGCCGAAGAAACCCGGACAUCAUCAGUCACAUUGUUUAUAAGCGCAAUGGAAGUGAGGAGGCUGAUUUGAGCGAUUAUGCUUUCAUGGAACCAGAUGGUCUUCCAGCUCAUAUUCGAAGCAAAAGAUCAGUAAAAACGAAAAGAGAAGCUCCAUAUGUGAUUUAUCCGGAGAUUCUAGUCAUCGUUGAUUAUGAUGGAUACAGGUUACAUGGUGGAGACAAUGUGCAAAUAAAAAGAUAUUUUGUAUCGUUCUGGAAUGGAGUAGAUCUAAGGUACAAACUACUAAAAGGACCGAAGAUAAGAAUCAGUAUUGCUGGAAUAAUCAUAUCAAGGGGGAGAGAUGCCACUCCAUACCUUGAACGGAAUCGCGUGGGCAGAGAUGCCAUAGACUCAGCUGCCGCGCUAACUGACAUGGGGAAGUAUCUUUUUAGAGAGCGUAGACUACCGGUAUAUGACAUUGCAGUGGCUGUAACUAAAUUAGAUAUGUGCAGAAGGCAAUAUCCAAAUGAAGCCUGUAACAGAGGAACGGCAGGCUUCGCAUACGUUGGUGGAGCGUGUGUUGUGAACAAGCGUUUAGAAAAGGUGAACAGUGUCGCCAUUAUUGAAGAUACUGGUGGAUUCUCUGGAAUAAUUGUGGCAGCUCAUGAAGUCGGCCAUUUAUUAGGCGCCGUUCACGAUGGCUCCCCUCCCCCCACCUACCUGGGUGGUCCAGGAGCGGAGAAAUGUCGCUGGGAGGAUGGGUUCAUAAUGAGUGACCUCCGACACACCGAGAAGGGAUUCAGGUGGUCGUCAUGUAGUGUGGCUUCAUUCCAUCAUUUCCUCAAUGGUGAUACGGCGACCUGUCUCUACAAUUCGCCACAUGAAGACGAAAGCCUGCCGCGGGUUCUGCCAGGCAAGCUCCUCACAUUGGAUGCUCAGUGUCGCAAGGAUCGUGGCACAAGCGCUUGCUUUAAAGACGAUCGAGUGUGCGCUCAGCUGUUUUGCUUUGACGCCGGCUCUGGUUACUGUGUGGCUUAUAGACCUGCUGCCGAAGGUUCACCAUGCGGGGAUGGACAGUUUUGUACGAAUGGCCGCUGCACAGCUGAACAUGAGAAUAUAAUUCCCGACUACUCUCAAAACACUCCGGCUUACCUGAGGAGGAGUGAUCCAGACGUGGCAUCCACACAGAGCAGGCCAGUCUAUGCCAAUGCUCCCAACGGAUCGACCAUCAGGUCUGAAUGGAACGAAUUUUGGAGGACAGCACAUGACGAGAUCACUACACCAGCUAACGACCAAAAUUCAAUUACAAAACCCCUCUAUGACAAACCGAAACAAAAUCAAAUCACCCACACAACUCCACAAUAUUUACUUAACCGUGAGAAAGUGAACUUGCCUGCCGUCACACUGGGCAACUCCAUUGAAAACAACUUACGACCUGACAUUAGCCAUUCGACACCUCGCAAUCCUUAUGAUUUCGCUGAUUUAAUUUCUCGCAAACCCAUAGACAAUGUUCAAACAACUAAGAAAUCAAACUUCAAUUUUCACGGCUACACAUUCACAACUUCAAAUAGGCCAACAACGAAAAACGUUUACGAAGAAUACAAUAAAAAAUUCUUCUCGUCCUCUGCAGCGGACGACACUGACUGCGUUGAUACGGCAACCAACCUUAACUGUGCAGAAUUUUUGACCAAGUACGGCUACCAGUACUGCGGAACGCACUUCAUCAGAAAGCACUGUUGUGCGGCACAGAAAUACUUGUGCGACGGCAAAACAAAAACGGCGCGAAGAUGAUUUCACUCAAAUUGAAUGUGAUGUCUCUGGUCAACAAUUCGAACAAACCUUGUUUGUCAAUUUUUACAGUGUUCAAUUCUGCCAAUCAAACUCCUCUGUCAAUUAUAGAUCGUGAAUGUUUUCAAAUGAUUGAUAUUCUUUCGCUAGAAUGCUUCUGUCUCUCAGUGUAAUCAUCGUCAAGUAGGACACUAGCAACACAAGGCUGUAAUGUGUGUGAAUAAAGUGACUUAAAACCAAUUGUGAGAGCAAUUGUGAAAGGACACAUCUGCAAAUUCGCAGAAUAAUACCAUAAACAUAAGAAACAUUAGAAAAUUAAAUAUUUUGUGUAACGUUUUGAUGUUGAUUGUGAAACGUUUUUAAUUUAUGCUAGUAUACAGUAAAACAUGUUGAAAUUCGA